AUGGCACAAACAAUUAAAUUUUUGUCUUUUAAUAAAAUUUUUUCAUUUGUCCUAUUAAUAUGGAUAUGGAAAUACUCCUUUGAAGAAACUACCUCAGGAAUAUUAAGUUAUAAGAAAAUCAAUCUAAAUACAUUAGAUGUAAGGAUAAGAAGAUUAUUAAGUGAAGAAACAAAUUUAAAUGGCCAACAGAGACAAACAUAUUUAAGGGAAAGAAGAAGAAACACAAUAGGUGAAGGAGAAUAUCCGUUUAAAUAUGGAUUAAAUACAUCGUUAGAAAAUUAUAGCAAAAAAAAACAGUGUAAAAAAAAUGUGAAUGAUGAAGUUCAAAAUUCAUCUAAUUCAUUAUAUUCUAGAUAUAGUUUCCAAAAAUCCCAAGGUUCAAUAAAUUAUAUUGAUCAUAAUAGUACAGAUUCAGUAAGCUUUGAAGAAGUACUUCGAAGAAAAUAUUAUAUUCCAGAAAAAAAAAGUAGAAAAUCAUCCAUAAAACAAUAUUUGAAGGAAGUAGAUAAAAAAUUAGAUAGAUAUACAAUAAAUAUAUUACGGUAUAAGUUAGGUUUUGAUUAUAGGGGUUUGGAGUUGAUGCCUUUUCUUCAUAUGUUUAGAAGAAAAUAG